ACUGCCAUAAACCAUACUUAAGUCUGAGAAUGUUCUCAAGUCUAAUAAUUUUCUCAACUCCCCAAUUCUCAGACUCAGCCGCAGCCAUAAAACUUUUGAGUAAAAAUUCUCAAAUUCAGUUUUAUUCUCAAAUAUUUGAGUACACAAAACAGGUUACUUAAGUCUAUUCUCAAAGAACAAAAUGGCUGCUGCACAUAGACGUAGAAACAGAAGACCCUUCGCUCUGCCUCGCCCACGGGUAUUUCGAGACAGACUUAAUCUUCUAGAAAGUCUUGAAGAAGAUGAGGUUUAUCAAAGGUACAUAUUUCGGCCUGCGUCUAUCGUCUUCAUCACUAACGGCUUGAGUAAUACACUGAGCAGAGAUACACAAAGGAACCAAGCAAUCCCCCCUCUAUUGCAAGUGCUUGUAUUUCUUCGUUUUAUUGCCACGGGGGCACAUUUAAGACUUGUGGGAGACAGCCUCAACAUCUCCGAGUCAUCCGUUGGGCGCAUUGUUAAAGACGUGGCAGGGGCAAUUGUCCAGAUAUUCAGGAAUUUUAUAAACUUUCCAGCAGGAGAAAGGGCUGCAAAAGUCAUGGAGGGGUUCCGCAGAAUAGCAGGAUUUCCUAAAGUUUUAGGUUGUGUUGAUGGGACACAGAUCAGGAUUUCAACACCAACUGAGAAUGAAGCUGACUUUGUUAACAGAAAAGGAUUUCACAGUCUCAAUGUUCAGAUGGUGUGUGAUCCUAACUUUCGAGUGACUUCACUUUGUGCCAGAUGGCCAGGGUCCUGCCAUGACUCCAGAGUCUGGUUAAGGGGCUUCAUUAAAUGGUCAUUAAGUAUGGCGGCCUACUAUAUGUUUUGCCCGCCUGGCAGAAGGAAACGAAUCAGUGCCCUUUGUGAGCCUUUUUCACUGAACAUUAUGGACGAGGAAAUUCGGAAAUGA